UCGCGAACCCCCUCACCCGGGCCCCAGUGUCAUUUGAUGCGGGCCCCCGCUCAGGCUCAGAUUCCCCAGGCUAGCUUCUGUCCCUCUCUUGUUUCGGAAGCCUCCACCCACCGGCCCACCCUACAUUUAGCUCAUCAUGUGAUCCGGAACAUCAACACCUUUGAGAACAGAAUGUUAAUGCUUGAUGGGAUGCCGGCAGUCAGAGUCAAAACAGAGCUGUUGGAAUCAGAACAAGGGUCUCCAAAUAUCCCCAGUUACCCAGAUAUGGAAUCGGUUCCCCUCUUGCUAAAUAACAUGAAGGCAGAGCACCCAGAGGACUCUUUGUCCACAGACCAUUUCCAAACACAAACUGAGCCAGUGGACCUGUCGAUAAACAAAGCCAGGACAUCAUCCCCCAACGCCGUUUCGCCUUCCCCGGUUUCCAUGACAGCAUCAGCCGCCUCACCCUCGUCUACUUCAACUUCCUCAUCGUCUUCUUCUAGUCGCCCAGCUUCAUCCCCAACGGUCAUCACAUCGGUAUCUUCGGCAUCGUCCGCGCCAUCGGUGUUAACUCCGGGCCCGCUCGUGGCAUCGGCUUCUGGGGUCGGAGGUCAGCAGUUUUUGCACAUCAUCCAUCCCGUACCGCCUUCGAGCCCGAUGAAUUUACAGACUAACAAACUGAGUCACGUGCACCGCAUACCGGUGGUGGUGCAGUCAGUCCCUGUGGUGUAUACAGCCGUGCGCUCGCCGGGGAAUAUGAACAACACUAUAGUAGUACCGCUCUUGGAGGAUGGGAGAAGUCACGUCAAAGCACAAAUGGACCCUCGAGCCCUAUCUCCCAGAGAAAUUAAAAGUGACAGUGAUGAUGACGACCUGCCAAAUGUGACCUUAGAUAGCGUUAAUGAAACUGGAUCCACGGCCCUUUCCAUAGCCAGAGCCGUUCAAGAUUCGAUUUCACCAUUCAGUAUUGAGAGCACAAGGCGUCAGAGACGGUCUGAGUCCCCGGAUUCCAGGAAACGGCGCAUCCAUAGAUGUGACUUUGAUGGCUGCAACAAGGUGUACACAAAAAGUUCUCAUCUGAAGGCACACAGGAGGACACACACAGGCGAAAAACCUUACAAGUGUACUUGGGAAGGCUGCACUUGGAAGUUCGCUCGCUCGGACGAACUGACGAGGCAUUACCGCAAACACACGGGAGUGAAGCCAUUCAAGUGUGUGGACUGCGAUCGCAGCUUUUCCCGAUCUGACCACUUGGCACUUCACCGUCGGAGGCACAUGCUUGUUUGAGGCAAUGCUACUACCUGAGUCCUUCCAAGUGUAAGAGCUGGGUCUCUGAGCUACCCCCUGAUUCAGCAGGACUGAAUCCCCCUCACAGUGUUAACGCAAAAGGGCAUCGUCAUCCUCAUCACCAUCAUCUCACCUUGUCUGACGGGAGAGCGAGGCUAGAAACGCCCCUCUUGUCCUCCCGGCUGCCUGAAGGUAACCCAACUCCAUGGCUGACAGAUAUGUCUUCAUGUUGGCCUGGGAGACUAGGGACACGAAGGUUGAAAGGGUCUGGCAUCAUGUUCCGUGCUGGGUCCUCUUCCAUUUGUAGAUGCUUAUGGCUUAUACAUUUUCUCAGCUGUCAGACAUUUUGUUAACGCAGUUUAGUGAUGGGUUACCACAAAUGGAUGGCAGAGAGCAAGACCUUUAGGACUUGGAUUGUUAUCCCCAAUUUCUUCUUAUGGGUUUUUUUUAAUGACCUCCUAAGUAAUGUAGAAAAUCCACCUAACCUAUGUUUUCGGCAAGCCGCAUAAAGUAGUAGAUGAGAAGAAUCUGAUGGAGAGGUCCAUCACCAGAAAAUCAGGAGCAGGCAAGCAGGCCGUUGCAGGAAAUGGUGGCAUGUAGAAAUCCCACACAGUGUGGAUGUAUGCCCUGCCCUCUUAAAGAUCCAACAUUUAUUGUUUCAUUUGUUUUGUCACUGGUCGUUUUUUAGUUUGGUUUGGUUUCAUUGACUGUGUGGGUCUGUAAAGUAAAGGGGCAGCAACAUUUCAGUGCAGCCCGGUUAUCUUAUGGUCUGUCUUGGACUAGUCUUGGAAGUGUGUCCUGAUUUGUGUAGGAAGAGUCUUUCUUGAAAACAACUACUGCCCUAAAGCCCAGUGCAACUUUCUGGACUUCCCUCUACUCUUCCCCCUCCCCUCCACCCCCAAAUGAGAGUCAUCGCUUCCAAAUCUCAACAUUUGGUACAAGGAAUAAGGAAAAGAAACCUUCCCAGACACUCCGGCACCAGCAUAAAAGGUGUGUCUGUCCAGGCAAAGCCAGCGCCCACGACAAAUCAGACAUAGCAGAGAUGGAAUUAAUGUGCCUCUUGAGGAGAAAAGCAAUAAUGAAUGAAAGGACUUUCCUCCCAGAAACUUCCUUGAGAACUCCCCUUACCAACUCUCAUAGUUAAGAGUAAAAAUAGCUCUGUAGAUGUUUGGUUCCAAUGACCAUGGAAGGGUAAGCUUUCGGUUUACUUGUCAUUCUUGGGUUGUGUUUCACAGCUAAGGACUGUGAUUCCUCUUCGUUCUUUUAGUGCAUUGGUUUGGAUGCUAGAAAUGCAAAGUAAUCAGGGCAUUUCUUCUCGAGAUCAGGCUCGUAGGAAAGAUAUGCUCCCAGAGGAGUAAGAGCAGUGGUGCUAGUUUCCACACUAAGACAGAUGAGGGUAGGAAAAUCUCUAGAAAUUUUCCCAUGAAGUUUCCGUUCAGGCAGUGAUUGAGUCCAGUGACUCCUUACUGGACUCUGCAGGAAUAUUCUACCCAACCUUUUUGUAUUCUGGAUAAAAGUAAAGUGCAUAGAUUCAUAUACAAACCCACAAAAUGACAAGCCAAUUUGUAUUCAAUAAAGUAUAUGAUAAAGCAAUAUUUCACUAACAUUUUUUUUCCUGAAAAAGUUAUUUAUUCAACUUAGUGUGGUUGUCAGGGCUUGGUGUGAUUUUUAUUUGUGAAGAUUUUUAUAGCAUGGUAAAAAGGUGUCCAGAAAGAUCUUUUGCAAUAUAUUUUCAUUAUGAACACUUUAUUUGGGAAUUGCACAGAUUAAAACCUCACAGUGUUUCUAGCUCAUUUUGAAAGGUCUGACCAGUGUGAAAUAACUUCUGAUUGCUAAAAUAUCCUCGAUGGUGAGUCUGUUAAUUCCAAGUUAUCUUGUACUGAAAAAUGAAAAUAGAUACAGGAACUGUGAACAUUUAAACCAGUAAUAUCUAUCACAUCUAGUAUUAAAGUAUAUUUUAAUUCAAGGAAUUCAAGGAAUAGUUUAAGGGUUUUCUGGUUAAGAGCAUCCCCUCCAAAAUAUAUGCUUGAUAAAAUCUACCAGAUAAUUAAAUAAUCCAUUGAGAAAGAGUCUAUCCCAGACAAGGACUACUGCCAUCAAGACUAACUAAUAAAACAAGGGGACUGUGACUACUCUGAAAAUUUCCUGCAUUGAUAUAAAUACUACUUGCCUGCUCAAUGCCUAAACACAAAUCCUAGGUUUGGUUUGAUGGAAUUCAGUAUUUUGACAGUUCAUUGAAGAGAAUCAGCAUGGGAAAACAAUUUCUCCAAACUGAUUCUGCCCUAAAUGGGGACAUGAUGAGACCCCGGGAUAAUGAGUGAUCUAAUGUGAUACUUGCUGCCCUGUGCAAGGAUGGUUAAUUGAUGUCUUCUCAUUGAGAGACAAAUUUUAAAAUAUUACAGGUAAAAUUGAUUUUGAGAACACCUAAAGCUUAGUACAGAGCCAGGUUUGAAUUAAAUUCAACCCAGAGGGAUCAACUUAUUUCUGAUAGAAAAGGGAAUAAAGAUGGAAAGCAGGUGAACCCUUGCAGUGUAGGUAAGAAAGUCUUGGACCUAGAACCAUUAAACCUCCUCCUUCAAUAUGGCAUCAUCCCAGUAGCUAGAUCGAAAGGAGAAAGUAACUAGUGGACAAGUAACAGAGCAUUUUAGUUGAAUGGUAAAAACUGGAAUUUGGUUUAGUCUGAUCUCCUUAUUAAUGUCUGUCUCCCCAUCUAGACUACAAGCUCGUGAUAGGCAGGGAACAUAUCUGCUAUUUCUAUUGUA